AUGGAAACGCUGCAGAAGGUGGUCCAAUCAACCCCCCAGCCCAUUAGUGGCGUGAAUAUCAGCGGAAAGGAAACUUAUGGGUACGCCGAGGGCCAAGGGUCCCCUACUCCAGGGGAAACAGCCAGCCCCCCAAACUCCUUUCAACAGAGUCCAUCGUUACCAGCCUCUGGAUUAACCGAGUUCAACGGUGCAGAUUCCACAAGCCAGGAUCUACCUCCAGAUCAGCUUCGGGAAGUGCUUGCCACCAAAGAUACGACAUUCACCACUGAUGUCUCUCCGAAGCAGUAUAUGGGGGUGAGGGUAAAAAUGCCAGUGCGUGAAUUGCUGAGGAAAAUACGGCUCUCCAAAGGAAUUGAUACCGACAGCAUCCAAGAGGCAUCAGUAAAAGCAGAACGCAAAGAGACUCCAGGAAAAAGAGGGAAAAAAAGCAUCCAUUCAGAGAAGCGACACAAGCUGAACAGGCACAAUCCCCAGCCAGCUAUGAAAAGCAUGGAGGACCUGGAUAUUCUGGUGGAAGUCCUCGAGGAAGACCUGAACAAGAGCCAUUCCAGGCGAGAGAUGCAGCGGGCGCCUCAGACACACCUAGAAGGUGCAUUCCCAGAAGUUCCACCUCAUUGCCGGGAAGGUGAUGGCAACCAGCAACCAGAUGGAAACAGCUGGGAUUCUACCAAAUUUGAGCCACAUUGUCCCUUCCCUGAUUCCAGUGCAUUAGGGCAUGGAUACCCCAAACAUUUCAAUGGAUCUGAUGCCAAGAUGAGGCAGCCGUGUCUGGAUCCUAUGACACCGCACCUCUAUUCACAUAUGGAAGCAAGACACAAACAGGGGCGUGAUCCUUUCCUGAGGCCUAUGGGGAAUUUCCAAGGUUUUGCUGAAGAGGUUGGGCCUCAGUACCACAGUUCACCAGGACAUGUUGUGUCGGAAUCUCUGGAAAACAACUCAGUUGAUUUGCAUGAAGUGGGACAAUCGAAGCCGAGCAGCGGCAAUUUUGGAGGGCAAGACGCCUCGGCUAUUUCUUUCUUCCAGUUCCAACUCCGGCAAGAAGAAAGGCGGCUAAGGUGCAUCCCGCAGGACAGGUUGCUCGCACCUGAUGCAAACGGGAACAGGCUGCUGCACAAGGCUGUGGCCCAGGGGAGGAGAGCGCUGGCGUAUGCCCUGGCUUGGAGGUUGGCACUUCUGAACAGAAUUGAUGAGGAGAAUGCACGGAAGCAGACUGCAUUGCAUGUAGCCGCUCAAAAGAACCACCACCUUAUAGUCAGCGAUCUGGUAUCCCUGGGAGCAAACGUCAACAAGAGGGACGGCUCGGAGAAGACUCCUUUGCACCUCUGUGCGGAGAAGGGCUACUCAAGAGUCGUGGAAGUCUUGAAAAGCUGUCAGAAGGGAGGCACUCAUUUAGAAGUGGAUGCGACUGACAACCAGGGUUUAACACCUUUGCAGUGUGCGGCUUUAGCUCAUUGUGCCAUUGUGACAGACCUGGAAAAGAGCAGUGUCAGUCCUGAAGCUCAGACCCUUCUGACCCUGCGUAAGGAUCUGAUAUGGAGUGGAAUUGCUUGCUUGUUGGAGAUGGGAGCAGACCCUUGGGUGCAAGGGACAAAAUCAUCAAGCCAAGCUUCAAAUUAUGUUGCAAAAGUCCAAGAAAACAACAAGCUGAUGUCUUUUCUUCAAGCUCGAAGGCCAAAAUGGCAAGAGGAAUCUGCCAUAGUCCCUGGACCGGAUGGAAUGGCCAUUCCUUAUUUACAAGGAGAUCUGGAACCUCAUCUGCUCUCAUUUGCAGGCAUCUUUCAACAUUUUUCUGAAGGCAUCUUGUAUCCUGAAGGGAGUAUCUCAGUUAGCAUGGACUUCCUAGACAAUUUGUAA